AUUUAAAAUAUUUAAAUGAAAUAUUUUAAAAGUAAUAGUUAGCAAUAAUUCAAAAAGCAAAUAAAAUUUUCAGAAUGCUAAAAUUUAAACAGAAAUUUUUAAAAUAUUUAAACAAAAUUUCAGAAUAUUUGUUUGUAUUGCAAAAUUCGCUAUAUAUAUUUUAAUUUUUUUAAUAAUACUUCAAAUUCUGUUAAAAAUUUAUCAAAAAAUAAAACUCAAAAAUACACAUUGAAUAAGUUUCCUAUCUAGUUUGUGAAUAUUUGGAUUUAAAAUUAGAAUGAUAUAGAUCAUUAUUCUCCUAAAAACCAAAAAGUAAGUUCAAUUAAUUUCCAUAAAUUAAAUUAUUUUAAUAAGCCAUUUACAUAAAUUUAAUUAUAACAUAUAUAUAUAUAAUUUAAAUUCAGAAAUCAUAUAAUAAAUUGUAAUUUUCUUUAACAAAAUUUUGUAAACUAAAUUUCCGAGAGGUCCCGGAUAUCUAUAUAGGUAAUGGAAAAAUCUGUUAAGCAUUAUAUAUCAUUUUUUCUCAUCUGUACAGGGUUUGGAACUAUAGAAGGAUUGUCUUAGAUUGUAUUACUUAAAUCACACGAACUAGAAAAGCAAUUUUCCCCAUUUACUUAAUUCAUACAAACUACUUCAUCAUAUUUACAUAAUACACGAAGACUACUUUGGCUUGAAUACAAAAGCUUGCUAAUGUUUAGUCAGCCUUCUAAAUUUGUCAUAAUAUUGCUGGAUUAUUUCCUUGAAUGAGAUAUUUCUUAUGAGCAAACGAAGACUUUAUCUUUUAGUCCAAGAUGCACAUUUAUUGUAUCAACAAAAUUGAAAGAAACAAAAAAAAAUUUGGAUAGGCUUAGAUCUUGGACAGACUCACAGAAAUUUAUUGUUGACCGUAUUAUUUAACCAUAUAUUAAUGGAUCAUUUCAUCCUCAAUCACACAAACCUACAUCUUGAAUAGAGGUUAGUUUAAAAAGUUGAGUGCCAGAGAGACUUAUUUUAUAAAUGGAUUCUUCAAAACUGUUGCUUACAUUUGCGCUCGUGGUUACAAUGUCCAUCUCCUAUGAUCUUUUCUCCGGUAUAGGAAUAAACGCGAGAAUUGUGCCUCCGACUUGUUACGAGGGAUGUAACGCAACGUUUCAUAAUCCAGAAUGUAACAAAUUUUGUAUAGGAUUGCUUUAUAAAGAUGGUAGUUGCUUUGACCCUGAAGGUUCUAAACGACCUUAUUAUCGUUGUUGUUGCGACCCUAUAAUUCUUCCACCUCCUUCUCUUUGAUCAAUAUAUCUGUCCUGCUUUAUAAUAUCUAUACUUAAUAAAAAACAAUUUUCUU